AUGUCCAAAGUGAAGUCUGCGCAAUGCACUACGUUUGCAAAGAAAAUGACCGUUGAAGAUGUUGAAGAGAUCGUAAUAGAUUCGGAUGAAGAGUCAACAAGUAGAUGUCAGUCAGAAAAAAGUUCUGAACGACUGAAAAACGGUGAAAACCGAAAUAACUCUUCAAAUUGUGAUCAGAACAAAACAGCUUCUAAGAAGAAAUGGGACUUCUUAAUGAAGCCGUCCACGAGUAAAUCACAGAACAAUUCAACUAAGAUUUCGUCAAAAGAAAGCAAAGAACAAAUCUCUUCGGUGCUGAUUUCGCCAAGCGAAUCAGAGGACGGCAAUGGUUCUAAGAAAAAAGCUUCAGUUGCACCAAAUGAUGGUGUGAAGAUCAUGAAGAUAGCGGAUUUGGAGAAAGAGCGUGAUCGGGUUCUGAAGGAGAUAUUUGGACAUUCCAAAUUCAAAAGUUCUCUUCAAAAGAAAGCAACUAAUUGUAUUCUGCUGAGGAAAUCCGAUGUGUAUGUCUCGUUACCUACUGGAGCUGGAAAAUCUCUGUGCUAUCAGCUCCCAGCAGUUGUCCAUAUGGGUGUCGCUGUUGUUGUUUCUCCACUCAUAGCGCUAAUAACAGACCAAAUAGCAGCUCUGCGAGCAAAAGGCAUCCCUUGCGAAUCGCUGAAUUCUAAACUGAACACGUCGGAGAGAACUCGUAUUAUCGAGGAUCUACGUAGUAAGGUGCCUACUAUGAAAUUGCUCUACAUAACCCCUGAAGCCGCAGCAACGGACAACAUGCGAAGAAUAUUGGCAUCUCUCAAGAAAAGAAACAUAUUGAGCUAUUUCAUUGUCGAUGAGGCACAUUGCGUCACACAUUGGGGUCACGAUUUUCGUCCUGAUUAUUUAAAGCUCAGUGCGUUGAGAGAUGUCUGCCCAGACGUACCAUGGGUUGCACUUACUGCUACAGCCAAUGCAAAAGCUCAAGACGAUAUAAUCGAACAGCUCAAACUGAAGCAUGUCGAAAGCUUCAAAGCCUCUACAUUUCGCGGCAACUUGUACUACGAUGUGUAUAUGAAGGACCAUCUGAACGUCCCACCGGAGCGUCAUUUGGCUGAGUUCAUUCAACGUUGUCUAAAAGUACCUAAGGAAAAGGUAGGAAAGUUGAUGAAACCCGAAAAAUCUACCCAAGAAAGAGUGAGAAGUGGCAUAAUCUAUUGUCGGACGAGAGAUGAAUGCGACCAAGUUGCCCAAAUGUUGAGUGUUGCGCACAUUCGAUGCCUUUCCUAUCACGCUGGUUUGUCGAAUAAGUUGCGUGAUAGCGUCCAGAAUCAGUGGAUGAAAAAUGAGGUCCCGGUUAUUGCAGCUACAAUUGCUUUUGGGAUGGGUAUAGAUAAGCCGGACGUUAGAUUUGUUGUACACUGGACAUGUCCACAGAACCUUGCCGCUUACUAUCAAGAAUCCGGUAGAGCUGGUCGUGAUGGUCAGCGCAGUUACUGCAGAAUAUACUAUAGUCAGUCGGACAAGGAAUUUCUGCAUUUUUUGGUCAGAAGAGAUUUGGCACUAUUAAAGGGAAAAAAGAUCAGCGAAGCGUCGAAGAAGCUACAAGCAACCGCUAUGCAACACGGGCUAGAAAAAAUGGUUGAUUAUGCCGAAGUGGCCCAUUGCCGCCAUGUGUGCUUCGCGAAAUAUUUCGGGGAAAAUGAUCUCCCACCAUGUCGGCAGCACUGCGAUUUCUGUAAAGAUCCUACUGGUACCAUGAGACGAGCGUCGCAAUUCCAGGUAGCCUGUUCAUCCACGAAAAUAGCAAAAGCGUCGAAAGCAACUCCAAAUGACGGUGAGCUGUAUGGAGGAGGAAAACGCUCUCGAGCAGAAGAAGAAGAUUAUUUCUGUAGUGGUACAGAUGCCAGAGAAAGAAUGGAAAGAGAAGAAGCCGUGAGGUUACGAGAAGUCGUGGCGGAUGAAUUUGCAAAACGUAGGAAGCUGGAACCAAAAGAACCGGUAUUUAAUGAUGUGUACAUUCCCAGCAGUGAAUAUCCCAUCAAAGAACCAAAAGCGAAAUUGAUACCUAAUCUAAAACCACAGCGUCGUGAAGCAGUUGUACGACUUAUAAGCUUAGCGCUGGAUACAAACUGGCUACACUUUGAGCGACCAUGCUCCACAGUUGAGGCCGGAACAGCGUUAGAAUGGUCCACAUAUCGAAACUCGAAAUCGGUGACCGUGUAUGAGCACAAGAGUGCUGCGAAGGUAACGGAGAUUAAGAAAUUGACAAAAGAAGGGAAUCAGUUCGAGUUCGUUCCCGAAACGAGUGGGAACACUGGAUUUGUGUCAGCUGUCAGCAUGAUAGAUUUGUGA